UUACGUAAGCUGACGUAUAUUUUUACCUUACCGUUUUUUAAUUUGAGUAUAAUAAUCCAUAUAAUAUAUUAAGCUAGCCAAAUGGUUCUUUCAAAACAACACUUGCGAGAAAUUUUAAUUUAGAGGUUGUCGACCUCCUAUCUGAGUUCAUUAUAAAGUUGCAAUGACCGUGAUACCACACAAGGCAGUGCAUAUUUUGCUAUAAAAUAACUGUAACUACAAAUUUCAAGCAAUAGAGGCACUAAAAAAAGUCAUUUAAUGGUCUGCAUUAGCCGAGUUUAUGAUGAUCAUGAAUGUUCCUGAUAUGAGCCUUACUAUUGUAUAAAGUAAUAUUACUGGAGUCAUUUCACCUGAGCUCAAUUCAUUUGUGACACAAAAAUAACGCUGUGCUAAAGAAAACAAGAUUUUUCUUCUGAGCUUUCAUCUUGUUUUUGGUGGAAAUUCCCUCCGGCCUAGAAAUUGGAACAUAAAUAAAUGGGGGAAUCCGGAAAUAUGACUCACAUUCUCGAUGUCGUUUCAUUUUGUGUUGAGAUAAUUAAAUUGUUACUUUCCUUUUAUACGAUUUCUUUCUCAACGUAUUUUCGAUGUGAUAACUUUCUAAUUACUUAAAAAAAGCAAUAACAAAGUUAAAUAUGUAUAAUUCUCUGAGAAAAAUAAUGAUUCACGAAAAAUGAUCCACUUACGCUGUUACGUAAACCCAAUACAAAAACAUUUUCUAAUUGAAUUGUUUGCUCACCUUAAUUUAAUGAACCGGUUACCUAGUUUAAUAUUUAACAAUUCGCUACUCUGCUUAUUUGCAUAUCGAUUCAAAGCGUAGAUCAUCCGAAAAACCAAUUGCUACGCGCCGUUGCAGCAUUGGAAAGGCAAAAGCUUGUUGUGUAACAGUUUUAUUGUGUAAGUGUUCGGUGAAAGAAGUGGUCCCACCAAUAGCAGCUGCAGUAUUGCAUACGGCAUGACCACGAGCGGUCGGCUCGGCGUCCACUCGCACCGCGAACCACGGCUCUUGUGAUAUCAACAAAUCGCUGAUUAAACUAAAGUUUAAUACGCUUGUGCAACCCGCCGACUUGGAUCUGUUUUGUGUGCGAAUGAUUUCAUGUAUGACUUUUGAUUGAGUGCUUUUUUUAUUACUACUUUAGAUUAUAUUUCCGUCACACACUUCAAGUUUGACGUCUUCGAGUGUUUGAGUUUAAAAUUAUGGUAGACGCGUAGGCUGGAAUGUGCAAACAAGUGACGUUAUUUAAUUUCCGGGUUUGUGGUUUAAAGUGUUGAAUUGUGAUGUUUUGAUGCAAAAUGUCUGCUGGUAUGUGGGAUCUGAUGCCAAUGAGGAACCGGUGGAUUGAGACGCUGAGGCACUGCGGCAAGACGCUGCUGCGGCGGCAGCGGCGCUUGCUCAGGAGACUGAAGAAGGCGUACCUACACAGUUGGCGCUCUGCUGACGAGCUGAACAUGUUGGUGGGUGCGAAGGUCGGCGGCGCCACUCCUCUGGUGAUCGCCUGCAGAAAUGGACACUACGACGUCGCCGAAUACCUCAUAGAAAGAUGCAAAGCAGACAUAGAACAGCCUGGAUCAGUAACAUUCGACGGCGAGACCAUAGAGGGUGCGCCGCCGCUGUGGUGCGCGGCGGCCGCCGGUCACCUCCCCCUCGUCAAGCUGCUGGUGCGGGCCGGCGCCAACGUCAACUCUACGACCAGGACACACAGCACGCCCCUCAGGGCCGCCUGCUUCGACGGACAUUUUGAUAUUGUUAAGUUCCUAAUUGAAAAUGGCGCCGAUAUAGAAAUAGCAAAUCGUCACGGACACACAUGUCUUAUGAUCGCCUGCUAUAAGGGUCACAUUAGAAUCGCCAAAUACCUAUUAUCUUUAAAUGCUGACGUCAACAGAAAAAGUGUAAAAGGCAACACAGCGUUACACGACUGCGCAGAAAGCGGCUCGCUACACAUACUGAAGAUGCUGUUAGGACAUGGAGCUACUAUGGACGUUGAUUCGUACGGUAUGACGCCACUCCUAGCAGCAUCAGUGACAGGCCACACACACAUAGUCGAGCACCUAAUAAACGUAGAAUACGGGCUUGUGACGCGACAGCAACGGAUCGACGCGUUGGAACUGCUGGGAGCCACGUACGUCGAUAAGAGACGAGACAUGGUCGGCGCCCUGGCGUUGUGGAAACGUGCCAUGGACGACAGGUUUCCAACGGACGGUAGUGAACCAAUUCCUAAACCAAAGGACAUCCCUCGCAUAGAAGCAUACGACUACGCAGUGGAACCGAGCAAUGCGCAGCAACUAGAAGAAAUACUUGCCGACCCCGAUGCCAUGAGGAUGCAAGCUUUAGUUAUAAGAGAGAGGAUUUUAGGGCCGGCGCACCCGGACACGUCGUACUACGUGCGCUACCGCGGCGCGGUGUACGCGGACGCGGGCCGCUUCGCGCGCUGCCGCCAGCUGUGGCACCACGCGCUGGACAUGCAGCGCGCCGUGCUGCCGCCGCUGUCGCCGCUCACGCAGUCCAGCCUCUACAGCUUCGCCGAGCUCUUCUCCUACAUGCUGGCCGAGCGCGCGCGGCCCCCGCUCAGAGGUCGCAUUGUCCCACCAGUAACAUUCGAAGAUAUCGAUCCAGUAUUCAGGAAGGCGUUGUCAGAGGUCGACAGGGGCAUGGAACUCCUCGACUCGAAGCUCAGUAUCGACCGGGAGCAGACCCUGAGCACCUUACAGAGGGUACUGGUCAUCUCACUGCACCUCGCCGCGCUCAUGGCCAGGCUAUUAGACGAUCCGGAAUGUACGGAGGAAGUAUCGAGAAAGAUCCAUAAGGCUGUGUACUCACUUGUUAAGUUAGAUAUUAAGGUCCGGCAGGGGCGCGGCGCGCUGCACGUGGCGGUGAGCACGGAGGGCGGGCGCGGGCGCGGCGCGCGCGCGUGGCCCGGCGCCGCCGCCGACGCCGCCGUGCCCGCGCCGCUCGUGGCGCUCAUGCUGCGCCUCGGCGCCAAGCCCGACGCGCGCGACGCCGACGGGAACACGCCGCUGCAUCUCGUCUGCAAGCUGAACCCGUGCCCGGCGGACGUGGUCCGCGCGCUGCUGGCCCACGGCGCGCACAUCGACACGGUGAACUACGAGGGCGACACGGCCGAGCAGCUGCUGAAGGCGUCGCAGCAGAGCCUGGCCGACAUCGUCAACCCGCUGCGCUACACCACGCUCAAGUGCCUGGCGGCGCGCACCGUCAAGAACUACCGCCUGCCCUACCGCCACGCCGUCCCGCACUGCCUGCACUCCACCAUCAUCACGCACUGAACGCGCUCACUCGGUACCGCUCCGAUGCAGGUCGAGGUCUUCGAGCUCUCCGCUCGAUACGAUACACGACACCAAGGUUCAAAACCUAAUUCCUAAUUUCUCAUUUAUUUUUGGAAUUGAUGGCGUUCGAUACGUCACGGACGUGCGCCUGAAUUGGCGGACAAUUGAUUUUGAGACUUGUAGUUUGUUAAAAUCGUUAUUUUAGCAUUUUAGAUUGGAAUGAUCAGUGUAUAUUUUAGGAUCUUUUUGAGGCUACAUUAUAUUAUUGUUUAAUGUUCGUAAUAUCGCCAGAUUGAUACCUUUAUUUGAACUGCCAUAUAAAUAGACUAAUAAGGCAAGGUAUGGGUUUAUUCUAAAAUAAAAUUUCAUCAUGCUGAGAUGUGAAAAUGAACAUUAAAAUGUGUUACUUGAGCCGUGUCUGACUCGAGAGGCGAGUUAGUAUGUAACGUGAUGUAUGGAUAAUGUUAUGAUGUCUGUUUUAGCAUAAACUUGGUGAUAGUACGAUUUCUAUUCAGUAUUUUAAAAAUGGGUAGCUCAGCUUAAAGCGGAAUUUAUAUUAAAUAUGUAUUAUUCACUGUGUAGUAGUAUAAAACUUAUAAUUCUGUGAAUUUUUAUUUUAUACUUAUAUUUUCUUUGUGAUUCCUUCUCAUAGUUUAUAAUAUUUUCAAAUCUAUGAAUUAUUGUAUCAUAUUGAUUAUUUUAUAGAUGUUUUGUCCGAUGAGCGUACAUUAAAGGAUCGUAUUAUUUUUGUAUGUGUCAAAAGUUAAAAUUGUAACGUCCUUAUAAUAAUUGGUAGUUGUUAUGGUAUAUAGAAAUUAAAUUUCAGUGCUGUGCCGUACGUGAUUUGAGUAGAUAUAAUUAUGUACAUUGGAAUAAGUAAAAAAAUAUGUUUUAAUAUAUAAUUUAUAUAUUUGUAACUGUAAAUUACUGUUGGGCAAUACAAUCGGGUGAAAGGGAGUUUUAAAUGUAAUUAAUGUGGCCGUUGCUUGUUCAAUAGAUCAUUCGAAUGUCACAAAUGUUUUAAUUUAUCAUUUCAUAUUUUAGAGCUCAAAAUCAUUUUAUAAUAUUUUUAUGGAUUUCGUGACAACGUGCAUAAAUAUAUCAGUAAUAUAUUCGUCAUCAUAUGAGAGUAGAUAAUAUAGCUAGGACUGUUACGUACAGUUGAAGUAAAUCGUGUUGCAACAUGAGCAGUCUCGCUUCUCCUGUAGGUAAUGGUCGACCUCAUGGCCACCAAGUGAUAUUCGCUUUUAAUUAUUGACUAUAUCGUUAUCGUAAAGCUAGACGCUGCGCACACGGACCGCGGCCCGGGCUAGAGUCAGCACAGUUCGUGUGUUAUCGACUACACCCUCUCUAGUCCCUUAUUAUUUUAGUACAGUAUCGAUAAUCUAGUUGAUUUAGAAUCCAAUUUUUAUACACGUAAAAUUGUACUCUAUAAAUGUCAGUGGUAAUCGCUUGACGCAUAUAUCAAUGUAAAAACAAAUUAGUCGUAAGUAGGCAUAUUAGAAGUUAAUGGAGAUACGUAUAAAUUGGUAUUGUAUAUUAGCAGAAUGGGUAACGACAAAGUUUAAUUAUUAGUACUGACUUGUAAUAUGAUGUGGUUUGUGUUUGUAACAUCGUUCGCUACAUCGUGUGUAUUUCCUCAUAGUAUAUUAUAAAUUUAGUAAUACUGCGUGAUUAUAUGCUAGUUAUUUUUUGAAAUUAAUAAAAUGCUUUAAAAUAA